AGCGAGCAAGCAAAGGCCGCAUACGCAGCGCAGACAACGAUGAGUACUUUGAAAACGGCCAACAACUUUGAGGUAACACUCAACGCUGGUAGUGUGUGGUGAAAAUCCGACGCGAGCGGCAGACAAUGUCGUGACAAGACCAGUCAGUCAGUCAAUCAGGCAGCCAGCUAGAGUAGUAGUGAAAAUGAAAAUGCAAAAUGCAAAAUUCGGUAAAAAAUCAAAGUGAGGCAAAAAUAAAAUAGAGCAAGCGCGUGAAAGACGGAGAAAAAAGAAAAUGUGUUGGAUAAUUUAAUGAAACCAAAAAACAAAAAUGAAAAAAAAUUGCUUAAAACGCAAGAAAAUAAAUACACAAAAGAAUAUAUUUUUCUUACCUAUUUUUCGCCUACUACUACCAAAGUUAUAUUAUAGCGCACUUGCUUAACGCCACACGACGUACAAGCGCACAUACAUACAUAGGAUUUGCAAAAUUAUUUAGUAUUUAUAAAGUAUUAAUAUAGAAAAUUUUUUCCCCAAAAAACGUGAAAAGCGUUAAGUGUGUUGUGCGUUGUUGUUGUAAAAAGAAUAAGCAAUAGCUGAAAAGCAGUCAACUAAAUAAAUCAAUAACGCUAUGUCAACGGAAAGCAAUACCCCAGUGGAUCCCAGAGUGCAGGUUGAACUGGAGAAACUGAACACAGCAACAGACAAUAUCAACAAAUAUGAAGUGGAACUCGAUGAGGCAAAAUGUGAUUUCAAGCGUAUCUUGGCCGAGAGCGAUGUGCGCAUCAAGCAGGCCGCACACAAAUUGGGCAACUCAAUUGAGGCGGCAAAACCCUACUAUGAGUCUCGCAUCUAUGCAGCGCAAUUGGCGAAGGAAACACAACAGGCGGCUGUCAAUUAUGAGAAGGCCAAAUCGAUACACAGCGCUGCCAAGGAAAUGGUCUAUUUGGCCGAACAGGGACUGGGUGAGAAAGCGACGUUGGAUACUGCUUGCCAAGAAAUGCUCAGUCAUGCUACCACCAAAGUGAAUCAGUCACAGGUGGAGGUGACGGACGCACGAAAUGCUUUGAAAAUGUGUCAACUGAAAUUGGAAGUGGCCAAUAAUCGUGUGGGCAAAUUGCAGGGACAACUCAAGCAGGCUAUACGUGCGUCGAGUUUAAGCAUUAGACGAGACUUACUUGAAAUGAAUUCUUUGGUUUAUCAGCACCGUUGCAAUACUCUACCCUUUUAUGAGGCGCGCGCCAACUACAAUGGCCUGCUAAAAGCACAAAAGCAGAAAAUUAAUGAAUUGGAAGGUAGAGUGACCACAGCGAAAAUGACUUAUAAUGAGGCGUUGAAAAACCUCGAACAGAUCUCGGAAGACAUACAUCGUCAACGGCAGGUACAGCGCGACCUGCUCAAUGACACCCUCUUGCCAGAGCUGUGCGCUGCCACCAAUGCCACAGCAACAGUAGAAAACUAUCAACACUUUCCGUGCGAUAUUGACACCACGGACGAGUAUCUGCAAUUGCCCGCCAAACUUAGCGCACAGUCCAGCCCAGUGCGUCAGCGCCGUUUCGACGAGCACGAGUGUCCACACUUGCUGCAGAACUUUCCAACGCUGAAUCUUAGGGAGAAACUUGGAAGCGGUGGCGGCAUGCACAAGUCCGCCAGCACAAGCGCCACCGGUGACAGCUUUUUUGGGCACACGCCAUUGCAUGGACCGUACGAGGUGAAAUCGAGUGGUGGUAGUAGUGGCGGUGGUGGCAGCGGUAGUGCGCACGAUGCCAGCUCGAGCACGAAUGCCGAUGCAGACGACAAUGACGACAUCGAGCAGUGGACAGAGAUACGUCUAUCGCACUCGGAGAGCACAAGUUCUAGUUACUCGAAUCAAUCACUGCUACACGAUCAGCCAGGCGCGGCUGAAGAUGCGCAAUCGCAUCAUUCCUCGUCAUCCUCAUCGGAUGAGCCAAAACGUAAGGUAACCUGCACGACCAUCUUCCAUGACGAUCAGCUCAACAAGAAGCAGAGUUUGAGUCAGUGGUUGUCGCGUUCGAAUAGCUUGAAAAUGUCUGGACGUCGACAAAGUCUCGAUCUACUCAUCGAUGCGGGUGAUAAAGUGAAAGAUGUGUUUAGCUUCGGUUUUCAGAAGGUGGGGAAGACGCUUGAGCGACGCAAUAGCGAGUCGGAGAUGAAUGCCGAGAAUGCGGACAAUGCAAGCGGUGCGAAUAAUGCGAGCACAACGAGCGGUGGUGGUAAAACAACAUCCGCUGGUGACUUUUUCCUCUUCUCCAGGUCAUCAGAGCCCAAAGAGCUGCUCUCCGAUGAGCAGGUCGAGAAUUUAUUAUUGAAUCCCAGCCUGGAUGAGAACGGUGCGAUAAUUGUUGAGCAACUUAAAUCGCCGUUACAGCAGCCAAAUCAAUUUGGCAUAGCUGCCACACCGACCACUACAACAACCACCACCACCUUACUCUUCUAAAUGGCGUUAGGAGUGAAGAAAGUUUGUUGUCUUAAAGUUCACACAAAUACUCGUAGCAUAAACAUUUCAAUAGGUAUGAAAAAAAAAUGAGAAAACAUAUCACAUUUAUGGGGGAUAACAUACAACUUACAUAGAUACUUGAAGGAGAGCUGCAAAUAUGCAGCUAUAAUUAUUUAUUUAAUACGGCGCUUUGCUACAACAAAAUUUAGGCGAAAAUUUGUACAUACUCGUAAGAGAAGAAUUUUUAACGUUAAAGCUUUGAAGUGGAAUACGUUUUUUUUUUUUUUGAUAAUUCAUGGGUGCAUUUAUAGUACAAGAUAAUUAAAUAAUUACAAAAUGGCUUACUUUUUAGUAUUAAGUAAAUUUUUUUGUAUGAUACAGCACUUGGCAAUAGUAGGCGAAUUGAAAAUUGCAUUUUACAUUUUAUGUAUGGCAGCUUUGGAAUGCUAAAACCAUACACCCCACAUAGCUAUUCAUGCUUUCGAUACUCAGCAAGCAGUAAAAAAAGGUCCAAGCAAUAAUAUUUUAUUUUAUGGUAAAUAUUUUACAAAGGUUUAUUUCAAAUAUGAUAAAUAUUGGUCAGCUAAUAAAUUGUGAAUCGAUUGCUUCCUCUUCGUCAGCACUAAAAACUGUGUUUGCUGGCCUUACGCUAGUGUAUUCUAUAAAAAAAAAAACAAAGUUUGACAAAAAUGUCUUUAAGAAUUAUUUACACAAUUGUAAGCUAAGAAAUAACAAUAUACAGUGCCGAACAAAACAUUUGAAAUUAAUAUACUACAUAGUCCAAUAAGUUCACAAGGUGAGGCAUAGAUGGCGGCGUCAAUAUCAAAAGCAUAUGGUAUUUAGUGAGAAUCGCCCUUUAGGAGCUACUUGUCAAAUUUUCAUGACAUCUUGCCGAUUAGUUUGUGAGUUACAGUCGUUUAAGUGAAGCUACUUUUGGUUUUGUGAAAAAAAUGGAUUCAAAAGAAUAUGGUAUUGAUAAAACGCUGUUUUUUAAUAAAAAAAAAAAACACUGUGGAAACACACCAAUGGCUACGGAAGUAUUAUUCGGACUCCGCUUCGUCGAUCGGAACCGUUGAACGAUGGUUUCGUGAAUUUAGAUGCGGUCGUACGGGCACUGAGGACGCAGCGCGUUCAGGACCUCCAAAUGAAGCAGUUGUUCCAGAAAACAUCAAAAAAAUCCAUCGUAUCAUUCUGAAUGAUCGUAAAGUGAAAAUGCGCGAGUUAGCAGAGGCCGUAAGCAUAUCGAAAGGGUCAGUAGGAACGAUUUUGCAUGAACAUUUGGGUGUGAAAAAGCUAGUCGGAAGAUGGGUGCCGCGUUUUCUCACAAUCCACCAAAAACAACAACGAAUAAUGGAUUCUGAGCAUUGUUUGGAGCUGUUUCGCCGCAAUCCAAGCAAGUUUUUGCGUCGAUUCAUAACAAUGGACGAAACAUGGAUCCACCACUACACGCCGCAGUCGAAUAAACAGUCGGCAGAGUGAUUGAAGCCGGCCAAAGCCGACAAAAACAUCCAAAGACGCAACAAUCGGCUGGAAAGGCUUUGGCCAGCAUUUUUUGGGAUGCUUGCGGUGUAAUCUUCAUCGACUAUCUUGAAAAGGGUAAAACGGUCACCGGCGAGUAUUAUGCCAGCUUUUUGGACCGUUUGAACGACGAAACCAAGAAAAAGCGGCCUCCUUUAGCAAAGAAAAAAGUGGUGUUCCACCAAGAUAAUGCACCGGCUCACAAAUCUACGACUAUCAUGGCAAAAUUGCAUGAAUUGCUUCGCCAUCCACCGUAUUCUCCAGAUUUGGCCCCCAGCGACUAUUGACUGUUUCCAAACUUGAAGAGAUGGCUUCAGGGAAAAAGAUUUCGAUCAAAUGAAGAAGUUGAAUGGGAAACAGAUGCGUAUUUUGAAGGACUUUCUAUCGAUCAUUUUUCGAAAGGCAUCAAAUACAUAUCGAAUGACCGUGAUUUCGGUUAGAUAGAAAUGAAAAUAAGAAAAAAUCAAUUUACUUAUGUAUAUAACCCUGAGCAUUAUUGUAAAUUGAUAGAAAAGCGUAGAAGGAAAACCCCAUUUUCGGUAAAACGAAUAUCGCAGCCGGAUUUUAUUUCGACGCAGUCACUAGAAGAAUCAAUAACAAAAAGAGUAAAAAAUAAUGUGGGCGAAUCUGUCUCUUGGCUGAAAAUUGAAUGGAUGCGUUUCUUGAAAAACUAACCUUAUAAAAUGUUCUGCAAAACUUCUUUAGAUGAUUCUAAAUUCUAGAUUUGAAUCUUUCAACGAAUAGAAGACCAAAAAUAUAUGAAAAUAUUAAAUUAUUUCCAUUACACACCACCUCUAGACCAGUAACGGAAGAAAAAAAGAUAAGUUUGUCAUGAACAUUCGUAGAACCUAGAAAAAUAUGAUAAAAAUGGUUUACUUUUUAAAAAUAAUUAAUAAAUGCUCACGAACUAUUUCAUUAAGCGGACAGAUACCUGUAAACGGCCAUAUUUUCCCUGAUUUUCAUUAAAAUUAUUUAAAAUGAGGAAGUCAAUAUAUUUUUUUCAAAGUUGGCAUACAGUUUAUUUAUACAUUAAAAUAAUAAAAAAAUUUUUUUUUUAUUUUAAUCAUUUAAAAUGGUGGAUGUAUACUCAAUUCUGGCGGCAGCGGGGGGGUAGCAUCGGCGUCAGUGACCUGAAUACAAAAACCCAAACAUUUUUUUGUUUAUUAAUGUCAUCAUUUCUAUAUGAAUUAAACAAAAAUGAAAAAAAAAUGCUUAAAAAAAAUGAAUUUUGGAGCGAAUUUUCCUACUAUUUUUGUUUCGAAAAAAUUAUUUUUUCGUAAAAUUUUCAAAUUGCAAAUUUACAUAGAAAGUAAUAUCAUGAAAAAGAUGUGUGGAAAAUUUUAAGAAGAUCGGUUAAUAACUUUUCGAGUUAUUGUGUACGUCAAUUCGAAAAAUAUAGUUUUGAGAAAAACGCGUCUAAAGUCGGCAACGUAACUAUACCUCUCCCAGCGCUCGAACGCAAAGAAUAGAGUCGUCACGGUUGACGAUCUAUAAUAUAAGAAAUACUUCAAUUUACGUGUUAAAAAUUUUUUUCACAUAUUCUUAAAGGAUUAUAUUAACAUUUUUGUAAAAAAAACUUUUUUUUCGGAAAUUUUACAGGUAUCUGUCCCCUUAAAAUAGUAUGCCUUGCUAUUGCUCUUCACGGAUGGUAGAUGGAGAAGGUUUGGCCAAUUACUAUAUUGAAAAAAAAAAACAUUUUUGUGACGUCACACGGCAUUCGCCAGCCGAAUUCAUUGUACAGAUCCGUAAGGAAAAACACUCUCAGCUGGUUGUCAAAAAAUGCCCACAUCUGAGAUGCCCUGACUUCAAAACGCUCUUUUCCGCAACAUGGUUACAUAAAAAAUUAUUAAAUUUCAUAAAAAAUCGUAUCAAAAAGUAAAAGUACGUAAAAGUUUAGAUAUUUCUCAAUAAAUUAUUACAGCUACGAAAUAUAUUAAAAUUAUUUGUCAUUCUAAAUUUUCGAAGUCAAAAAUAUUUUUUUUUUUCGAUAUUCUAUUGUUUUUAAUGUUACCACAAAAAUUCGAAUUUGGCAUAGCAACCCCGCCAAUACUAUCAAGCAAAAAUACCAAGCACUCGCACCAUCACCCACUUGACUGCCUAACAUACUCACACAAAAAGGGUGUCUGUCAAAAAAUACGAAGAAGAGUGUUUUUAUUUGUAUUUUUGUACAAUGGCCGAAUUCUGCACGAUCAUUUCACAUGUAUUCACACACUCGUCCAAUCGUACGUUGUUCAGAUAGCAAAGCAAUGGCACUGUGGUGAUUUAUUCGUAUAUCACUAACACAUUCUUAGUUUUUACGUAAACAACCCGAUACAUAACCCCGACUGCAUUCUGUCGAAUUCGCUGAGAACCGCAUGACGGUCUAUUAUUGGCUUCACCUUCUCAAUUCUUUUCACCAUGAUUGCUAUUAAUAAAGGAUUUCAGCAACAGAUUUUAAAAACAUUUCUUAAAGUUUUACGAGAUAUAUUCAUGAUUAUAGAAGAGAAUUUCUCAGAGAUAUUUCUAAAAAACAGAAGAUUUACAAGUCGACAAUUUAGCGAUAAUAAAUGAAGUCAAAUAUCGCAAUAAUGGCAAGGAACAAAAGGUAUCUAUUUAAAACCUUCCGUCGCGCAAACACAGUAGGCCUUAGAAUAAAUGGAGGCAAAUCAAAAAAGAUUAAAGAGACGAAAUCCCGAAGGCAUCGCAAUCGGGACAUUCACCUUUGACGAUGUUCAGUACUUUAAAUAUCUAGAAGUUCUAAUAAAAAACAACAGUCAAAAUGUAAUACAAAACAGAAUAAUGGCAGCAAACAAAUGUAUUACGUUCCCGCGACAGUCGGUUCUACUUAACCGGAACGACCGGACUUAUAUCCGGUUAAGGAUUAUCACUUCAGCCCGUUUUUGCUGCUAAAACAACAAUAACAACGCUCACAGUAAAUUGCUGAGAUCUAUAUGUGAAAGCAUACGCCGCCUCUACCCGUCAAUAAUACUGCCGGUGCUGUGGACGCGAGAGCUGGACGAUGACAAGCAAAGAUGAAGUGAGCUUAAGAGAUUUCGAAAGAAAAUUACUCCGAAGCUUGUUUAGCCCCCCACGUUGCAACGACGGAACGUACCGAAUACGCAAAAAUGAACGAAUUGCUAAACUUGCGCCAGUUAGAAGACGUCGUUAAACGCAUAAAAUCCCAAAGGAUUCGAUAGUUUGGACACACAGAGCACGUGGAGGACAGCCGCCAUCAAAAAUCGUUUUUAAAAUCAACAAAUUUCUUAACGAACCGGGCCCGAGGGCUUCCACCGUUGUCACGACCGUCGGUUCUACAUAACCGGAACGACCCGACUUCUAUCCAGUCAAGAUCUCUCACUUCAGAAAUGCUGCUACAACAACAAUAACUUCCAAUGUUGGCCUGGUUUGGCCAAGUCAUAGAAGUCAAGAAAACUGCCCUCUUCAGCGCCAAGUCUACUAUAAAUUAAAUUUAAUAGAAAGCGCUAACAAGUCUUACGCCUGCAAUCCUUUCAGUAAACGACUUACGUUUUCGUUAUGUAGGUGCUACAAAAUCCUUUAAUAAGACAACAAAUUUGCUAAUAUUAGGUCUCUUCAUGUAAAAAUUUUCCAGUGACUUAAUUUCCGAGAAUUCCCUCUCAAAGAAAAAGAUAUCAAAAAAAGUCAAGGAUGAUAGAUCAUGACCAUUAAAAAAUCGACAUAGACGCGUGCAGCGUAGUACACAUAACAGAAGUGAAACUUUCAAGGCAGACAAAGAAAGAGGUAGAGACCCGAGAGAGAAUGAGAGAGAGAGAAAGAAUAUACAGUCGAACUUCCAUAUAGUGAAUUCGCACGGGACCUGAAAAUCACUUCACUAUAUAGAAACUUCAUUAUAAAGAAACAUUGAUUUUUUAUGUAAUUUUAUUUAAAAUAAUCAGUGAGUUUGGUUUGAAUUACAGCCUUCCAUUUUUCAUUUUCAAUAAAAGCUUCCAAAUCAUGUAGAGAGUUGAAAACAUUAAUCGACACGUCACUCCUCAUUUCCACAAAGGUUCUAAUUACGCUAAUGGAUGAAGCAGCUUGUAUCAACGUAGGUAAUGCCUCCUCCGUUUCUGCCAAUUUUUCAACGGUCAAAUCGUGUUCAUCGUUAUCUGAAAUAAUAUUUACAUAUUAAAUUUUUGUUUGACUAUAAAAAGAUAAAUGCUUACCAGGUUCAGCUGGAACUCCGCAACUUUCAAAAAUGCUGUUGAGAAUAUCUUCUUCGGAUGGGUUGUCCGAAGUCUGCACACCAUUAUCAACAUUUACGUAGUCAUCAAACGAUGCUUCGAUAUUUGCUACUUUUUUAAAUGAAGACUGUAAAGCAGCCAAAUCUGAUAUUGAAAGAAGGUCCUCUUCAGCCCAAUGCUCAAAUGGAAUCUGAAUAGCAUCUUUUGAAAAUCCAGCCUUUUUAAAACAGUUGGCAAUUGUUUCUGGUUUAACAUAGACAUUCCAUACAUUGCUAAGAUUUCGAACUGCUUGCAGCAAGUCUAUGGCCAUAACAGAAUUUCCCUCAUCCACUUGAGUCAAUAUAUUCGUUAAAAUUCGUUUUCUGUAAUGUUGUUUCAUAUUGGAGAGAAUGCCUUGAUCCAUUGGUUGCAGUAACGAAGUCAUGUUGGGAGGAAAAUAAGCGAGAUGAAUGUUUCUCAACUUGUCUCUUACAUCUUUAGGGUGGGCAGUGCAGUUAUCAACAAAAAACAACACCUUUCUGUUUUGAUCACAAAAUUUUUUGUCGAGUUUUACAAUCCAUUUCGUAAAAAUCUCACUGGUCAUCCAUGCUUUUUUGUUAAACUCAUAAUCGACACCUAAAGAUUUUAU